GGCCUAGCACUUCUCCUGAACCAGCAGAAGCCUACCCAGAGCAACCAGCCAAGGAUAUAUCACCCCAGUCAUCAGUCCCAGCUUUGUCAGUAGUUGUGAAAUGUACAAGAAAUGUUCUAGUAGAGAGGAAAAUACUCAUCUUUCAGGGAGGACAGCCGUCCCUUUUUAUAUGGAAAAUAAGGAUGAAUGGACCAGUGCUGACCUGAAUGGAAUUUCAUAUGGUCCUGUGUUUUCAAAUCUCCUGGCACUCAGUUUGGUGUGUUCCAGAAUUUAUAAAUCUGGAUUGGUCAAAGAAAAGUUGAUGUAUGAAAAAGAAGCAAAGCAACAAGAAGAAAAGGUUGAAAAAAUGAAAGCUGAGGAUGGAGAGAACUAUAACAUUAAGAAGCAGACUGAGAUCUUACAAGAAUCCAGAAUGAUGAUUCCAGAUUGCCAGCGCAGAUUAGAAGCAGCCCACUCGGAUCUUUUGCAACUAUUAGAAGGCGAGAAGGAUUUGGAAGACGCCGACGAAUAUAAAGAAGCACGUUCAGUCCUGGAGUCAGUGAAAUUAGAAGCCUAAAGCAUUUUUCCAUCCUUAAUGAUAUUUUGCAUUGAACACUGAGGUCCAUUCCACACUUUAUUAUAUUUACCCACUGUUGCGUGUGUUCAAGUAAUGUGCGAAUGUGAUUCUUUUUAUGCAGCUGCAUAUUUGCCUUUAUCUACCUUAAAAUCAUGUCAAAUAAAUGAUUUAGUCUGAUACAAGUAUUUGAGGGUGUUUAUGUUUUGUCUGUCAUUCAUCAAAAGAUAAGAAAUUAUUUACCAGGUCAGACAGCUGGAUUUCCAAAAUGCACAAGUUGCCAGUGGGCCCAAACCUGGAGGCAAAAAAUUGUUUUUGAAGUUCAUUUGUUUUACAUGUAAAGAUUAAAAAAAAAAUUGGACCUGUGUCAUUAAACCACUUUCAACAGAGUGUGAAUCCUCUUGACCCAAAAGGGAAUUAAUAUGUUCAUCAUUCCCCCAAAGAUCUAUCUGGAUUUGGAAUUGGCAUAGAAAACCUGAGCAGACAAGAUCCGAGAAACAUUCAGUGUCACUUUGUUGUCUCUCCUAGAAAGCUAUAGAUAGCAAAAUGUAAAUUUCCCCAAAGAAAUUGUAAUUUCAGUCUGUUUGUGGGAGGAUCCUGGAAGAGAAUUUAAAGACUGGAUAUACCAUAUUCAAUCAUUAGUCUGUAUUAAACACUUCUAUGUAGAACGCUGUAAUAGGCAAGCAUUUGAAGUACAAUAGACUUAGAAAGUACGAUGCUUGUUCUCAAGGAUCUUACAAGGCAGUAGGAGAGGCAGAAGAAAAGAAUAUUUUGAAGAGUAAGUGUUUAAAUGAUAGGGUAUAUACAUUAAGAUGUAUAGCAGAAGCACUGAGGUGAUAAUCAGUGACAGCAGAGCAUUUCUGACAGUCUCAGAAUCUUUUUUUGGUGGCUCAAUUUGCAUUCCAACUAAAUAGUUCUUGUUUAGGUCAUUUUAUGUCAAGCCCCAGGCUGAUGUGUCUAGAUCAGGAACGUGACGUCAAGCAGAUGAGCAACACAUUAAAGCAAAUUUUACAGUGUGUAUCAGUGCUCUAAAAUAUCCUUCAGUGGCUCUGAUUUCACAUUUUUGGUACAAUCCCAAGCACCUAGCACACCGCUCUAUCUCCAGCAGUACAGACUUAACAGACUGUUAGGCCACAGUCUUUUUCAUUUUUAAUUUUUUUUUGCAAGAUACUAGGUCAUUAAAAUACUUUCCUUCUAGGAUAAUUUAUCUUUUGUAAAGAAUUAUGUUAUUUUCCACCCACCUCAAAUAUUUUACUAAUAAAACUCUUAGAAAAAACAGCAAUUUUUCUAGAAUCAGGAAUAGCUGCUCUGGUUAAAGUUGAGGAAACUGAGAUAUUGAAACAAAUCGUGGUCCAUAUCGAAUGAAAACAGACUGACAAAAUCCAUAACAAUAGGAGAUCUUACUAGGUUUUAAGCAGUAAGGCCUAGGCAAGAAAAUAAAUCAUAGGUAUUCCAGAGAAGUUAAAAACCUCUGAGACUAAUUAAAUUUUUAAUAUUCAUCUCUAAUACUGUUAUCCUAGUUACUCAAAAUUUGGCACUUUUUAAGCAAUUGAGUUAAAUAUGCAUAUGUACCCAUGUAAACUGUGAUUUGUGUUUUUCUUUUUAAACAAACAAUUCAAAUAAAUAGAUGUAAUU